AUGGCCUCCACUGCAGCACCUCAAACGGGUGCAAAAACCCUAAAAAUAGAACAGGUAGACACACUAGAAGGCAAAUUACGAGUAGCCGUAGAAGGAUGUUGUCACGGAGAGCUCGACAAAAUAUACAAAACAAUCGCAUCCAUCGAAGAAGCGAAGAAAUACAAAAUCGACUUACUGCUAAUAUGUGGUGACUUUCAGGCAUGUCGGAAUCAAGCAGACCUGGCCACAAUAGCUGUGCCUCAGAAGUUCAAAGCAAUGCAUGACUUCUACAAAUAUCAUCAGGGCGACAAAAAAGCUCCUUUGCUUACAAUCUUCAUCGGCGGAAACCACGAGGCCUCUAAUUAUCUAUUUGAAUUAUUUCACGGCGGUUGGGCGGCUCCAAACAUAUACUUUCUGGGCUAUGCUGGCGUCGUCAACUACCGGGGCCUGCGGAUCGGCGGAGUUUCCGGAAUAUACAAGGAGAAUCACUACAAAUUAGGGCACUACGAAAAACCUCCAUACGAUAGCGGAACAAUGAGGAGUACAUAUCACACGCGAGAAAUCGAGAUUUUCAAGAUGAUGAAUAUUCGUACGCCGUUGAGCAUAGUACUCACGCACGAUUGGCCCAGAGACAUCCACUCGCACGGAGAUGCGGUGAGAUUAGUGCGACAGAAGAAAUUCUUCGCAGAGGAAGUGAAGACAAAGACGUUAGGAAGCCCGCCUUAUGAAAGGCUCUUGAACGCUUAUUGGUUCUGUGGCCAUCUCCAUGUCAAGUUCGCGGCAUUGGUCAAACAUACGACAUUCCAAGGCGCGGAAGCAGGUAUUGCACUGGUUGGUAGUGGAUUUGCGAGCACUCGUUUCCUUGCGUUAGACAAGUGCCUCCCAGGGCGAGACUUCUUGCAAGUGGUCACCAUCGACAGCACAGUCAGCUUACAAGAAUCACUCAACCAAGACCCGCCCGAAGUCAAGGAAACCUCGGCAACCACCACUACGAAAGAAAAGGAGGGUGCUACGGAGAAUGACGAUGCCAGUGAACACAAACUCAUGUACGAUGAAGAAUGGCUAGCAAUUGUUCGGCUUUCACAUCCUUAUCUUAGCUGGGAGCGUGCCACACCUCCAUUACCUGCUACUAGAUUCAGCGAUGAGGCGCUCAACAAAGAAAGAGAAGUCGUCAGGACCAUGAUGCCGGAUCUAACCAUUCCCGAUAAUUUCCAAGCUAUCGUUCCUGCCUACAAUUCUUGCACUCCAGAUCGAGGUGAACAAGGUCCUAUGCUAGUGAACCCACAGAACACCGCGUUUGUCAGCGCGCUUGGCCUCGAUAAAAUUGAAAGAAUUGCUCCUACGAGACAUGCCGAGAGGCCAAUGGCCGCGCCCGUCAAAAUUGCCACACCACCGCCCAACCCGAAUGCCAUAGAUCUGGGUGAUUCAGAUGACGAGGAGGAAGCCUCUGGGGCAACCGAAAAUGGGGAAAAAAUCGAAAGGGCUGUGGUGGAGGCGGAGGUGAAGAUGGAAACGGACAGGAAAGUAGAGGACAAUGAAGUGAUUGGUGAGGAGACCGAAGAAUCACUGAAACCAGAGGAAUAGCCACUAUGUGCUAGUAAUACUGUAAUGUCCGGUAGUGGUGUGUAGUGCAGUCUAGAUUUACGUACACUAUUCCAGUAAAUUCUACCAAAUCACGUCACAAGAGAUAUUUGAAGCAGAUGUAGGGGUCAUUGUCUCUUGGACCCAAGUCGUAGCUGGAUCACACACACAAUCCAAUCAUAGGCGAAUAUUCACCUCAGACUAUAUUCUGAUUGACGUGGUAGACUAGUAACUCUUCAACAAUAGACCUAUUAAAGUGAAGUAGAGUGUAGUCUUAUCCAACUGGCUCAGGUGCCAAACUGGGUCAUUCAGUCCAACAUGUGAACUCUUGUUCAUUGGAUACGUAGACUGCAACAUAAGGGGUUGUAUGUAUUACUCCGGUACUCUGAAGGCAGUGGUGGC